AUGGCUGCAACUUCCCAUGAGACAGGAACAAUGGAGAUAAAUAUUCAUCUCUCCACGAUGCUUACAUAUUUCUUCUUUACUACAGUCAAAAUGAGCGCAGAUUCAGGAUAUGGCAGCAUCGGGUCCUCGUCAAGUAUUAGAGUACGAUUACCCCUCAAGGAACAAGGCUACUAUUCAGCCCUUGAGAAUUACCUUUCUUCCUCGACAAACUCUCCAAGUCCUGCAUCAUUCACCACUUCCAGCACCAAGCUCUCAGCCUUUGUAUCUUCAGCCGAAAAUCCACCGGAAUGUGUCAGGGAUGAGACUGUUCAGGCUCGCAAAGAAGCCAAAGAGCUCCUCGCCAUCUACCGCACAACCCUGGUCGAGCUGGAGAUAAGACGCAUCAGCUCCUCUCGCAAGGGACUGCAGAAAUGGGUCGAGUACUGGAACGACACCUAUCAACCCCAUUUUUCAGGCCCUCUCUGUCAAAAAAUUCAACUUGCGAGCCCAGAAAUCAACCGUACCUUCAAAGAGGCAUCACAGGAUAUCUAUCAGAUCAUCGAUGAAGUGGAGGAGACUAUCUCUACCUUGCCUCACCCAUAUCAAAUCAGGGACCAAAUGGCAUGUAUGAGGAGCCGUAUUCGUCGAGUGGUUGGGGAAAGGCAGAUGCGAGCCGGCCAGCUAAUGGAAUGGUUGAGAUGUGAUAUCGAAGCUACACCCAUCGAUAUCCACGACAAAAUGUUUGAUAGGUUGAAGAAGCAGGUCUACGGCCUUGAUCCAUCGGGACACUAUCAUCCUAGUCCUGAAGAGCCAGACUCUGCUGACGAAGAGGAGGAACCUCAAGAGUCAAUUGAGGAACGACUUCGGCAGCAGCUUGGUCUUUUGAAUAUGACGACUCUUCCUGAUAGCCUGAGACAAGUACUAGCAAUGGAUAAUGUGACGAGCCACUGGACUCAUAAUAACCAGGAACUGACUAUCGUUAUUGAUAAUCCAGGGGAAGUUGUGUGA